AUGUACAAGAUUCUCUUUGGCCACCGGCAAGGUGUGUCGAGUAUGGAGACCAAUGGUGGAAGCCGUCUGCCUCAAAAUUCGGGAAUCUCAUUGAUGAACGUGCGAUCGGUCGAGAAUCCCUCCUCUGCGAGAUCCUCAAUUGGCGAUGAUCAGGUUGAAUCACAGAAUUCGGCGCCACGUAUCAGCGUGGAAGUAUCGCGAGAUGGUCGCGCUAAUAUCAAUGGUGGCCCGAAAUCAGAGAUAGAUGAGCUGCCUUUCAAACGAAAUCCUUAUUUCAAAUCAAGCUCAAAGAUCACAGAAGUCGACAUAAUCGGAGUACCGGCCAUUGGAGGUGACCCUGAGAAAACAUGGUGUCCGGAUGCUAAAUUUACACAAGAUGAUGUCUCUUCGCCUAGAGAAAGCGAAUUGAAAUCGGCAUUCAAGAGCAUGACUUCGGUGUCACCAGCUUACUCACGAUCUCCUUCCAAACAACCAACAAUGAGGCCUCUGAAAAGAAUGGAGCCUGCGUGGAUACUUCGUGACAUUCGAAGUCACGAGGAUAUGGACAUGGUUCGAGUGCUUUUGUAUGACCAUGGCUAUCCGAAAGAUGGUGAUACGUUGAAACAAUUGGCCAACAGACUUUUGGAUAACGUUAAAAAAUUGAGGUCAAUUGAGAAGGAGUCUCGUCCUCUUUUCUUCAUUUGCCACAGCACUGGAGGGUUAGUGGUCAAGAUAGCUCUCACUGAAGCUAGAAGGCUUAAAGACUCGAUCCUCAAUGAUUGUUAUGGUGUCACAUUUUUCGCAACACCACAUAGGGGCUCAAGUUAUCUGUCACAAUCAGGCUUCUCGAGAAUUAUUCGUGAGACCAUGGGUCUUUCACGAGAACUUCCGACGUCCAUAACAAAGCAGCUUGAACUGGAUCACCAUUCUUUGAAACAAAUUGGGAAAGACUUCAAAGCUCUAGCGACGGAUCUUAAAGUGUGGACGUUUUUUGAGACGUUGGAUUCAGAUCUUACUGGUUUAGAUCAAGGUAAACCUUUCCAUGCACCCAUCGCGUCUAUCAAGUCCACGAUACUCAAUCUACGUAACGAAACUGUGUAUCCAUUGGUGAGUACUCAUACAAAAUGUGCGACAUUCGGCCUCGUAAAUAGUCAUACCAAAGAUUCAUAUCUACUAGCACUCGCUGCUUCGGUCAAGAACGCUUGUAAGUUAAGUAAAGAAACACACUACGAACUAAAUCUCGAGAACAAAGUCAUGGUGGAGAUCAAUGGCUUUUAUGAAGGUAAUACGACAACCCCAAUGAUGGAGCCCCCAAUCAGAGUCUGGUCAACGAAUAAGACAAUACAAGACUUCAAAAGAUACGGUCCUACCAAACUUCUGAAAGAAAGACGGGAAGAGGUAUCAGUUGUGCCAGUGAUUCGACAAUUUCUAAGCCACAAUACUCGUGCUCCAUAUUUGCCACUAAACAAAGUCACUUCCGGUCAUAAGGUCAAGGAUGAUUCAUUGAACCAUAAGCCAACGUCAAGGGGCUCAAGCCCUGAUCUAUUGUCUCGAAGAGCAGCAAAUGUCAAAGCGCAACCGUUGGGAGGUUUGAUUGGGGAGAAAACAACAGGAGCAGUUCCAUCUAUUCCUGCCCUGGGGUCGCAAAUCGAGACCGAUGAUACAGCGGCUAAACCUGAGCCUCUCCUAAGGCACAGCGAAUCCCAAACGGCUCACAAUUCGUUUCUGAGCCCGUCUGGCGCUGAUUUUCAUCGAAAUAAAUCCUCUUUAUCACAGGGGCUUAAAGAAAGUGAAAGUCUUGUCACUCCUGUCCUAGCCCCUUUGCAAAAUUCCAAUGUUUCGAAACUCAAGCUUACGUGGAUACAUGUGCCUUUUAAUAAUCCCACUUGGGUCCUAGUAAGCCUCCAAGCUCUCAAUGCAUUACUCCCCACUAACCAGAAAGGAUAUUCUCCAAAGAAUAUCAAUCGAGAAAGGACCAGAUGUUCACAGCAGAAUGUUAGAUACCGAGCACUGGCAUUCGAAACAUUAUCUCCAUUAGCAUCGCCCAAAAUUGGCGUUGGUUCUAUCGACAUGAACCACAUUCAAAUGUGCUUGUAUCUACCCUACCUUCAUUUUGAUACCUACAAGGUCCUUGUAAAAAGAAGAGCUUUGGUAAAACAACGCAUCAAGCAAGGUCGAUCAAGACCUGUUCCUCAGCACGUGGCGAAGCUUGACACGCAAGAGUCUCAAGUCCUUUGGCAGUAUCUAGGACAUGAUCCUCCCAUCAAUGCCCGGCGUACACUGGAUCAGUUCGGAUAUCCUAGUCUUCUCGAUACGAGGGCGAGAGACGACGAUCAGAUGCUGUACAAGAUGACUAAAGAACGGCAUAUCGAGUCCGAUGUUGAUAAAAAUCAUAGUGUUCACGGAAUAAGCAAUGCAGCGAGGAAAUCGAGAGUGACCCACGAGAAAGAGGAAGAUGAUGAAGAAGAGGUUGAUGGAUAUUCCGGGAAUUUUGAUAGCCCAAGCGAGAGAGAUAUGACUUCUGACGAUGACGUUCUCGAUGGGAAUAUCCUCAUGGUUGAUCAGCUCUGGUUAUGGGUCAUUAAUGGAUCCGUUGUCACUUUCUUUCCUAGAAGAUCCGGACUGAAGGCGGACGGCAGAUUAUAUCAACAAGCGGACCUGCGAAACAGCAUUUUCAAUGAAGUCAACGCCGAUCUCACGCACCGUUGUGAGAAUGCACAUGAUCUUGCAGCUUUGGUUGCACUUCAUGCGGUUACCCUUUUGUUUGAACGCACUUCUCAUCCCGACUUGGAUGUUUUCCGAACAUUCGAAGAAGCGAUCAACGACCAGACAGAGAAGAUGACAGCGUCUUUUAAGAGUUUCCGUGCACGAGGUCUCCGGGACAAAGCAGUCGAUAUUGACGACCUGAGAACCACUUCUAUUCGUGCUAAACAUAAACGCGAAGACCAAAUUGUAGAGAAGCAAAAUCGUGACACCACUCACGCUCUGUUGGAACUGCGAGAUAUUGCGGAUGAGUUGAACACUCUAAAGACGCUAUUUGCUAGUCAAAUGACAGAGAUCAAGAUCAUGUUGGAUGUUUACGAAAAGCGAGAGUUGACUACGAAUGGAUUGGCAUUUUUGAGCAGUGCCGAGGUGUAUUUGGGAGAAUAUACUCAACGCAUCGAAAGGAUGAUCGAAAGUGUGAAGAGUUUUCGAGAUGAUUUUGACAAGUUGUUGGGCAUGAUACAGAGGCAGACACAGGUGGAUGAAGUGCGCCUUUCAAGACACCAGGCUGAUCUUGCAAGUUCGCAAAGCAGAUCUGUCAUGAUAUUCACGGUCUUCACAGUUAUAUUCCUGCCACUUAGUUUCUUUACAGGUCUAUUUGGAAUGAACGUCAAAGAAUGGGGUGGUGGUGAUUACCUCUCUAUUCGCACCGUAGGCGUCAUCGCAAUCCCCACAUCCUUCUCCCUUAUAACGCUCGCUCUCAUCAUCGCCUGGAGUACACGCAUCCGUCUACUCCUAAACUCCAUCGGGUCGGCGUUCACAAAUCUCUAUCGCCUCAUUCAUAAACACAUCAACAAAACCAUUCAUAACAUCUUCAGCGCCAAAAAUACCGGCGGCAAGAGAAGCGAAAUACGAAGAACAAGGCAAAGAAGAAAGAGGAGCAGAUUAGAGAAACAACGAACGCGAUUGCAGUAUGAAGAAUGGGAUUUUUGGGAAAGUCACAAGGAGCGCAGGGAAAAGGGUUAUAAGAUGCCAAGUCGGAAUCGGAGAAAUAUGUUUGGUGUAGGGUCUGGUGUUGGGGAAAGUGAUGAUGAAUGGUAA